GUGCAAAGGCAUCACAAACAAACGAGAAGCAGCGAGGCCUACGUCACUCGCGGCGCGCCCGCUAGGCGCCCGGGGCCUCGAGAUGAGCACGGAGAUCUUCGUGAUGGGUCGCGCGCCAGGCCGCGCGGGCGUCUCGAGGGUCAGAAUGCUCCUCGAUCUGCACCUCGCGGACGCGGAUGAGGUACGCCGCCAGGCCGCGCGCCAGCUUGCUGUCAAGCCCGAGACGCUCGCCAUUUCAUACAAGGACACAACGCUCGAGGCGGGAAAACCGCUCGUCCAGUACGGCGUCGAGGCGGGAUCGACGCUGGAUUUCGGGCCACGGCCGCACACGCACGUGGCGGCAGUGCCCGCGCCGCCGCCGUCGCCGAGCGGCGGCCCAGGUCUGGCUUCAUCCUCUCCGGCUCCCUUCUCGCUGCCGCGUCAAUAGUGCGGGCGCUUCCAUCUUGACGUGUCCCCUCCCCCCCGCCUCCCGAUCCUUUUGCCGGCACGCUCCGCUGCGCACCGCCGGGCUUACAAGAGUGCGCCGCUUCCCAGAGCCGCUCGGGAAGCGGCAGCACCGCCCUGGCAAGAAUGUGCGAUUUUGCGAGAGCGAUUUUGUUGCGUCUGGCCCUGCCUCGUGCCUGCAGGCGGACACCGUUUUCCUACCUGUCUCUUGUCUACGUUUCUAGAGUCUACUACCUCA